CUUAUAUAUGGCUAUUAUAGAAGAUUAUAGACAGGCAUAGAUUUCUGCCUUAGAAUUCAGAUAGUAAACAUCAAAUUUGUACAAUAACUAAAUAAAUAAAUACUAGUAUAGAAUGGUGGCAUGCCUUGCAUGCACUCCCGAUACUCUUCCGGGGAGAAACCCAUUCCCCCGGCGCUCUAACAAUCAUCAUCAUCAUGGGCAGCAGCAGCAGCGAAGGUUUGGUUAUCGGAUUGCACUGUCAUUACUCCAAAACUGUAGGGAUUUCAAGCAACUUAAGCAAAUCCAUGCGAGAAUCAUUCGAAACGGACUCUCUCAGGAGCAAUCACUCCUUGCAAAACUCAUUCGUCUUUGCGACUCUUACGCCAAGAUGGACUAUGCAACUCUUUUGCUGCUCCAUCACCCCCUACCAAACCCAAACCCCCCUUUUGCUUCUUCUUCUUCUUCAACCUUCGCUUGGAACCUCGUCAUUAGGUCCCACACCCUCAACGGCAGCCCACACCAAGCUCUCCUCCUCUAUAACCUCAUGAUCUGCAGAGGCCUACCACCCCCCGACAAGUUCACCUUCCCAUUUGUUAUCAAGGCCUGCCUCGCUUCCUCUUCUCUCCACAAAGGAAAGGAGGUCCAUGUGCUCGCUUUCAAAUGUGGCUUUUCCCAUGAUAUAUUCCUUCAAAAUACCCUGAUGGACCUCUAUUUCAAGUGUGGGGAUUUUGAUUAUGGCCGUAAGGUGUUCGACAAAAUGCGUGUAAGGAACAUAGUCUCCUGGACCACCAUGGUCUCUGGCCUCGUUGCCUGCUGCGCUGAUUUGGAUGCUGCUCGUCUGCUUUUCGAACAAAUGCCUAUCAAAAAUGUUGUUUCCUGGACAACAAUGAUCAAUGGCUAUGCCAGAAAUCGACGUCCCCACGAUGCCUUUGAGUUUUUCUGGAGGAUGCAGCGUCAUAAUGUCAAGCCCAAUGAGUUUACACUGGUUAGCCUGUUAAUCGCUUGCGCUGAACUGGGGAGCCUGAACUUGGGUCGCUGGAUUCAUGACUUUGCUCUCAAGAAUGGGUUCACUAUGGGAAUUUUCCUCGGAACGGCUCUUAUUGACAUGUAUAGCAAAUGCGGUAGUUUGGAGGAUGCGAAGCAAGUGUUUGACAGCAUGCAAGUUAGGAGCACAGCUACGUGGAAUUCUAUGAUUACCAGCUUGGGAGUGCACGGGCAUGGAGAGGAAGCCCUGGAUCUAUUUGCGAAGAUGGAGAUGGCAAAUAUACAGCCAGAUGCUAUUACUUUUGUAGGAGUUUUAUGUGCUUGUGUACGAGUAAAUAACGUGACUGAGGGUCGUAAGUACUUUAAAUAUAUGAGUGAACGUUAUGGUAUCACCCCUAACGCAGAACACUACACUUGCAUUAUUGAACUCUGCAGUCAUGACAACAUGUUGGAUGAAGCUUGCAAAUUAGCAGAAGUGGAUGAUAUGCCUUCUUAGCCAAACAGCAAGGAUGCUGGGUGAGUCAAGCUGCCUAGGGUCAGCAAUGUGCUUGUUCUCUCCAUAUCAGCUUCUCCGCUUAAAGUGGGACAUGGGUUGAUUUUCUGAUACAAAAAUUGAUGUUUCUUCCAACUAUACGGCAAUUUAUUUCCCACACAAAAAAGUGAGCUUCUUUUCAAAGAAGGUUACAAAAACUCCAAGCCAAAGAUGUAAUGAUCGUUACGAAUCUUUACUGAUACAGUGCACAAAAGAUGUUUGGGCUAUAUUGGUUUCUUGUCAUACAGCCAGGUUUUAACUACUGUAAGUUCAGUUCAUGUAUUCCCAUGGUUUACCUCUAUUAUUUAUAGGAUUUCCCCUCUUGUUUGUAACAAGAAACCACAAGAAUUCGGCAAGUCAGGUGUUUGAAGAUAUUUCCGAGAAAUAACCCAUCAACUCAGUGCUGUUGAAAAACUUAUUGUAUACCAUUAGUAUGCAAGAAUAGAACAAUCCAUCUUCUUAGUACCCGAGAGGCAGAAAAAGUGUCUGGGGUCUAAAAUUACAAAACCAAACACUUUCAAGUUGAGGCACCACCGACCUGCAAUGACCUCUAAUUUAUUCUACUUCUAGCUUUGUGUUGAACUGCAAAGGUACAAAAUGAUCCAUUUUGUGUGUUGUCUCUAUUGUUCUUCAAUCAGGGAUGAGAAGAAGGACGAAGGGCUUUGGAAAGAGAAGCAAGGGAUUAAAGGAUAUGUCAGGGUUAAGAACAAACAGGACAUUGCAGUGGGUGAUGGAAAUUUUUAACUAGCAUGGGGAGGAAGAGGCUGAGCCUGCUUUCAAGGUAGAUGAUCUUCUAUACAUGAGCACACCUGACCUUCUUUGCACUUUUUCUUUAUACAUUGGUGGUAAUAACCAGACUGAAGUUAUGUAUGGGACAACAUUAGUUCACAGGCUGUAGAGUUAAAUCAUCUAGCAUGUCCAGAUAGUCUGUAAGAAUAUAAGUCAAGAAAAUAAUAAAAGGAGAAUAUGAUCUCUUGCUUAAAUUAAAUUGAGGUUGCUGAGGAAUUGGAGCUUACUACUAAACGAUACAACAUGUAAAACCUAGAAGGUUAUACAACUAUUUUCUUUAUUUUUGCCUGUGAAUGAUCCACAAUUCUUAAAUCAUGUUCUCUGGUUCUGUGGGAGCCGACUAAAAAACUUGCACAUUCGGCAGACAAAGCAUAUCUGGGCCCAUCCAUCAUGGACCCAAACCAAUUAGGCCCAUUGAAUCAUUGAAUUUCAAACGCUGAGCAGGUUGUUUGCUGAUCGGAUGAUACACCGACUAAGUGAUACCGACAGUAUCGGCAAACAAGAAUGCCACGUAUCAGAGUAGGUCUGGGCUGUACCUUUUUAGAGGUGUAGUAGGAACUUGGGUCCUGGCAUAUUAAAAUGAUGAUGGCAAAUCGGUCAUAUUAUGUAGGACAUAUCUACAUUAAAUGGCUAUAUAAGGAAGGCAGAUAGAAGAAGAGAGGUAUGCAUUAUCAACCAAUUAAACUCUCUUUUUGAAAUAUUUUACUCAUUACAUAAUCUGACUUAAUUGUCGGAGUGCUAAUUUCGGCACCCCCGAUUGGAGUGUUUCCUGUUUUAGGCACCGGAGCAAGGAUAGAGCAAAAGCCUGUUUGAGACGAAGGAAUAUUGUUGAACCACCCCUCAUAGGUUCAAUAUUUGAUCAAUUUUGCUUGUAGUUUCAAUUCAUACAAUAAAAUUUCUAAAAUUUAUAUAAUGAUAAUUUUGUGUUUUUUGUCUCACUCUAUUAUUCCUAGCCAAUCAUAGACGAUCGCCACGACUUUAUUCCUAGCCAAUGAUGCACAACCCUAGGGUCCAACUAGUUUUUUUUUUUAAAUAAAUUAAUUAAGGGUUUUGGUAUUUGAAUGACCGCGUAGAAAAUUAAUUACUAAUAGUUGUUGACGAUGAUAGUUGUUAUUAAGAGAUUUUCUAAUCAUACUGACCAUUGACAAACCCUACAAAAUUAAUCCAAAUAAUUUCUAUAUAAUUUUACACCAGUUCAAGAAUGCCUAUUGUACGGGGUGGAAAUAUUCCGGCAAGCCCGUACUCCUUUCUUCCAAGCUCCGUUUACGUCUGAUCACCUGCGAGCAAAUAACGGUGAGCUGCCCGGCGGUGUGUGGCCGGAGAAACCCUCCGACGAUCAAGUUAGCACACACCUUAGGUUAGAGAGAGAAAGAGAGGAGUGUUAGGGUGUAGGAGUUUUCUUACAAAGUGUUCAUCCGUCCGUAUGGGGGGCGCCGACAUGCUUAUAUACCCUCUACGCCCCAUAUCCACUCCCAGUCAACUCCUGAUACGUGGCUCUGCUAUCCCAUCUGUCAGCAUAAACCUUGCUGAACAUCACCUAAUCUCAACUGCCUGCCUUCUCAACCAGAGCCCGGCAGCCUAGCUUCUCUAACCACGGCCGGGCUGUGCUUAAUACCCAAGCACUUCACUGGCCAAGGCCAAGGAAGACCGGGCUAGGCGGCAUCUCGGCAAAGCUUAGCCCGGGGCACCUCCUGUAGUCGGACUUCCUGCCGAUCAAAUGAUUACCUCGGCUAACCACGCCUUUCCGGGCGCCGGUCACUCAGCUUGACUAGCUCCACCAUUGCCUGAUCAAGCAGCUCGGUCCAACCGAGCUCUGCCUUGCCGAGCAGCUUCUUUACGGUCUGGUCGGCGCAUGUUUGGCCCAACUCCUGCCCGGCCCAAUUCCUGGCAGCCCGUCAACGGGCGGAUCGCCAGUCAUCUCGGCCCCAUGCAUCAUUAGGCUCUCAACCUGCUCGGCCGUUACCUCGGCCAAACUCCAGAUCAUAAAUCUCCCUCUCAAU